CUUUGGGCGACUAAAGGGCGGGGCCCGGUAGAGAAUCCCGGCUAAUGAGCGCAAACUGCGAGGAGAGGGCGAGGCGGAGCUAAAGCGCAGGGCUCGAAUCGGGGGGCUGGUUCCUCGUGCAGCCAAUAGAAAAGAGCCUGAGAGUGAAAGCCAAAGAGAGCAAGCGCUGGUCAGGGAUGCGGACCAGCGGAGGUGGGGCCAAUGUAUGGGCAGGGCCGAGAAGGCUGGGGUGGCAACCAAGAGGUCUGGAAAAGAAGCAGAGUGAAGGGUUGCGAGGAAGUGGGCUCCCGGACCGAACGCUUCCGGGAUGGGCGUGGCCAACUCCCCGGGCCGCCCCCUUCUCUGCCCCAUCCCCAGGCAUCUUGUUUUCUAAUGGACAGCGCUGGCGGACGCUGCGCAAUUUUGCAGUCGGAGCGCUUAAGGAGUUCGGGUUGGGUACGCGGACCGUCGAGGAGCGCGUCCUGGAGGAAACGGCUUGUCUGCUUGGCGAAUUUCAAGCCCUCGCUGAUGCGGCCUGGCGGGAAAGAAGAGGGGCCUGGUGUGGGUGUGAUCAACGGAUGAGAAGGGGACGUGGGAAGACGUUUGGGUGGAAGGAAGCCAGUAAGCUCAAGAGCUAGCGAGGGGCUGGGCCAAGCGUUAUGACCUCAUCUAUUCUAACUCCCAGGAGCCCCGUUCGACCCCCGGCGGCUACUAGAUAAUGCUGUAUCUAAUGUUAUCUGUUUCGUGGUCUUCGGGAACCGCUAUGGCUAUCAGGACCCGGAGUUCCUGAAGCUCCUGGACCUCUUCAGUGAGAACUUCCGUAUCAUGAGUUCCAGAUGGGGCGAGGUGAGAGGACCGCCCGACCCCUCCGUCGUGUGCCCAUCCUAUGCCAAACCCCGAGUACACAGACCCACCUACACUGGAUCAUUAGAAUGGGGCGAUCUUAGAAUCUUGGAAUGUUAGAGCUCUGGAACUGAUAACAUCGCAGUCCUGGUCCAGUCUCACCGUAUGGAAACUAGUGGUCUUGUUCAAGGUCCUAUUGAGAUCCCGUCCCCGGAGAUGUACAACAUUUUCCCCUCCAUCCUGCACUGGCUCCCGGGCCCGCACCACCGAAUCUUCCGAAACUUCGCGGAGCUUCGGGUCUUCAUCUCCGAGCAAAUCCAGCGGCACCGGCAGACGCGGCAGCCGGGGGAGCCCCGCGAUUUCAUUGAUUGCUUUCUGGAUCAGAUGGAUCAGGUGCACGCCCCCGCUGCCCUAAACUCCAUCUAUGCCUCCCACCAGCAGGCGCCUGGCACGCGGCAGCGCCCGUCUCCUCUGCCCACAGGAACAGAAGGACUCAGAGAGACAUUUCCAGGAGGAGACAUUGGUGAUGACGACGCACCUUUUCUUCGGUGGCACCGAGACCACGAGCAACACCCUGCGCUAUGGGCUCCUCAUUCUGCUCAAGUACCCAGAGGUGGCAGGUCUGCGAGCUGGAGGGCCAGGGAUGAGGGGGCUAGGGUUGGGGCUGGCUGGGGUCCACGGCGGAUGCAGCUCACAGCCUGAGCCGGCCCCAGCCAAGGUACAGGCUGAGCUAGACGCCGUGGUGGGUCGGAUGCGUGCCCCAAGCCUGGAAGACCGUGGGCGCCUGCCCUACACCAACGGUGUGCUGCACGAGAUCCAGCGCUUCAUCAGUGUGGUGCCGCUGGGGCUGCCACGUGCCCUCACCCCCGACACCCACCUGCGCGGCCACUUCCUGCCCAAGGGCACCUUCAUGAUUCCUCUGCUGGUGUCCGCGCACCGGGACCCCACCCAAUUCAAGGACCCAAACUCCUUCAACCCCAGGAACUUCUUGAACAAUGAGGGCGAGUUCCAGAGCAAUGAUGCCUUCACGCCCUUUGCCCUAGGAAAGCAGAUGUGCCUGGGCACAGGCCUGGCCCGAUCCGAGAUCUUCCUCUUCUUCACUGCCAUCCUGCAGCGGUUCUGCCUGCUCCCUGUGGGGAGCCCCACCAACCUCGACCUCACCCCACAGUGCACCAGCCUGGGCAACAUGCCCCCAGCCUUCCAGCUCCGCCUGGUGACCCUCUGAGGUC